AUGCAUAUUUACCCUGUGCGCUCAGCCCCACAGAGAGACACCUUGGGGCUAAAGCCAAUUUUCAUUAGCUCAUCUGAAGAGGGAAAUCUUUUCCAGUGUAAGCUAGCUAGGUGAGGGAAGGUACUUAGGUGCUCAAAAAGCUUGGGUGACAUCAUUGUCCAAAGCGCCUUAUCACCUUGAUUCCCGUUCAACAUCCCUCAAAGCUCCAAGGUGUGAGGGCAGCACAAAGACAUAAGGCAUUAAAUAAACCUCUGUAUUUACGGGUCUUACGAUACUAAAGGUGCUUAGAAGCUAAUGGCAAGUCUUUCCAAAUUGGAUCAGGAAGAGGUGACUUAGUCACCAAUAACAAAACACCUGCUGACCCAAUUCGUGUUUGAGUGAGUUGGGGAGCGAGCAUUAGGUCUAGUGGGUAUUAUGGUAGGUGAAAUCAUCAUCAUUAGGGAAUGUCCCUUCUCUUGUGUCCUUCACAGGAGGAUGUUCCCCAGCUACAAGGUGAAAGUGACGGGCAUGAACCCCAAAACCAAGUACAUCCUCCUCACAGACAUCGUCCCCGCCGACAACCAUCGCUACAAGUUCUGUGACAACAAGUGGUGAGUUUAGUCAGAGACACCUUUUUAAAAAAAAGUGAUCCUUUAAUUAACCUGGAAGACCCUUGAGAUAAGGGAUCUCCUUUAUGAGGGAAACCUGGUCAUCAAGACAGCAGCUAUACAGUCAAUACAAAAAUGUACAUAUUAAAAACAGACAAUACAGCAAUACAUAUAACACACCAGUAUAGAAAAUAUACAAAGACAAUUAUAGAAUCCUGCCAAAAACCUUGUCAGAGUGGUUCUUCCAGUUUGCAGUAUUGCUCAAGUUAUUUUCUAAGCUCAGGGCUUAGAUGAGUAACCUCCUUAAUGGUUGUUAUGAGAAAUCCACCCACUCGUCUCUGUCUCAGAUGCUGCUUGGCUUUAGACCUCAGGAGGCAGGGACGUUUUGAAAUGGAAAGGGGGGGAUCAAGAAAUGGGGAGGUUAGGGAGGGUGGGGAGGGAGCGGUGAGCUUAAGGAAGAUGAAAGUAGCUAUUAUCUUCUCAACCCCAUAGCUUCACCUCCACCGCUCUGCAGAGGCCUUCCUCUCACCAUGGGAAAAUAAUCACCAACGCCGUAGAGUAGACAAUAACGGUGGGUGCAAAUGAGAGAGACAUUUAACACUCUCAGACAGUUUUAUAUGCUUGAGGUGAUGCUGCCUCCCACAUACAGUAUACACACAGACAAGCAGUACACACACACACGCGCACACAUAUCCCUGGUGGCCCUUUCCUCGGCAGGCUCUGGAACAAACACUUUACAUGCCGUGACAUCAUUAUGCAAACCAAAUAAAUGUCAUGUUGGAUAAUGUAACGUUGUUACAUGUGGAACCAUACAGCACCAAAAAGGAUAGUAACCAUAGCGGAUCCCUUUUUGGUGCUAUAUAGAACCCUUUUUUUAAGGUUCUAUAAAUAACCAUGCUAAUACGGUUCUAAAUGGAAGCUUUAUGUUGCUAUAAAGAACUCUUUCCUAUAAAGAACUAUAAAAAAGGUUCUAUAUAGCACCAAAAAGGGUUCUGCUAUGGUUACAACCCUUAAUGGUUCUUUAUAGAACCUUUAUGGAGAAAGGUUUUUAUAUAACCAUUCUCAAUCUCAAAAGUUCUACAAAUAACCUUUUGAAGAACCAUACAGGGUUAUUUGUUUCUGGUUAGCCAUAUUAUAUUGUUAAAAUUCCAUAGGUUUUAUUAUUGUGUUCAUUGACAAGUUGAAUCAGGUGUGCUAGCUCUGGAACGUCUGGGGGUCCUUAAUGAGAGAAUUGAGAACCACUGACUUAAGCAACAGUUCUCAAUUGAUACAAGGCCAGACAUGAGUUUUUCACAAAACACUGUCACUGGCCAUAGUCAUUUUUCAAUAAAAAAAUUAGAUAAACUGGAAUGACACUCUCUGUUGUACAAAAAGAGCGGUGUGCAAACCACGCCCCAAAAUAUUCGAAUGAGCCACCGCCCCUACAUUUUAUUUAUCACUAAAAGAGGAAAGAACCCUUUUUUGAUUCUAAAAACUGCAAAGAACCAUUUAAGGGCUCAAAGGGUUAUUUGGGUCAGUAUGGUUCCACAUAGAACCAUCACCCUUCACAAAGGGUAAGGAACCCUUAUUUUUGUGUGUGUAUUGGCUAACAAUAUUUUCUUUGUGUUCAAGACCAACAUUUUAAUCUCCCACUCAUCUGUUCAUUCGUUCAUCUGUAUCCAUUCAUUGAUGGAAUGGAGAGAUGGAGCAUGAGUCCAGGCACUUGCUGCCUCCAGUCAUGGAAGGCCUAAAUUUAGUCUGUUGUGGUUGAAUAAUGAGGAAAACCGACUGGUUUCUGUCAAUUUAAUCAUUGCUCUCGUGAAAAGGAGCGCCUGGCUGCAGAGUAAAAUUUCCACUUCUCAGAACGAGGACGCAAAUACAGUAUGAUGAUCAUUGAAAUCUUAAGUGACAAGUCUGUCCACAGGCAGCUUUGUUGUUAUUAUAUAUUUUUUACGUCAUUUAGCAGACGCUCUUAUCCAGAGCGACUUACAGUUAGUGACUGCAUACAUUUAUUUUUUUAUACUGGCCCCCCGUGGGAAUCGAACCCACAACCCUGGCGUUGCAAAUGCCAUGCUCUACCAACUGAGCUACACGGGACUACUAUUGAGGUCAUGUUAUAAUAGUAUGCCAUGCCAUGCAUACUCCUUUGUUCUUUUAGAGCACAGCAAGAAGAGUACCUCAUGUCUCAGUCGCUGUGCUAGCUAAACUGUAGCUGCAGAUUGUCAUUAGCACACAGUUCAUUACCGCAGGGCACUGGCAAGCCGCCUGCUGGGCUGUACCCGCUGUCCUUCCAGUGACCCUAUACCUUGGGUGAUGCCGGUUUUGACUAGAUGGGAUACAGCUUAUGUCAGAAUUGACCUGAAAUAAAUGACUUUUCGUAACAGGUUAGGAGAACUUACGCAGCAGCUUAGGAUAAUUAACGUAGCAGGUUAGGAUAAUUAGGUUAAGGUUAGGAAAAGGGUUAGGGUUAGCUAAAAUGCAAAAAAAUGCAACUUUUGACGUCAAUUUGACAAACUGUAUCCCUCUAGCCAUGACCGGUGAUGCCACCAUAGCCUGCAUCUGCCACUGCCCACCGGAGCGGCAUCAACCGUUGCCACUGCUGGCCGUGCAAAUGACAAAACAACUGUAUCCAGUGUAGGGUGUACUGAAACCAGAACCCGACGUCACUCCAAGAAAAGUCUGCGUCCCAAAUGGCGCCCUAAUCCCAGGGCCCAUAGUCAAAAGCAGUGCACUAUGUAGGGAAUAGGGUACCAUUUAAGACUCAGACAAAGCCUCCAUAAAAUGCACCACGUGCUUUGCUUUCUCCAGCAGAAACCCAGCCAUUUUUUUUACAACCAUUUGUUCCAGAUCUUUGUGGGAUAGCCUGGGAGGGCCUGGAAUCCCAGCGUUUGCCAGCGUGGGUUGCUGGAGUAUCUCAGCGACACCUUGGAGGAGCGUAAUUAGCAGUGAUGUUACGGUUGAAGCAACCUUUGAAAAAGAAAAGUAGAGCCGCACACUCUAGGAGCUCAGAUGCAAUAAUUUAAUAACCCAAUAACCAACGUUUCGACAGACAAGCUGUCUUCAUCAGGGUUGAAGCAACCACCACCACCACCUCCAGUCUGGGAGAAUGGUUCCCAUAGCCCAUAGUGUGAGGGCUGAAACGGCUGCCAUUUUUUAUCAUUACUGACUGUAGCUACAUGUGUUUGGUAUAAAAAGGGAUCCUUCAUUCUCAGUGGCCCAUCAGUGAGCCUGAAUGGAGUCGUGUGGCUGCUGGAAGAUUUGGCUAUGCCGUGACAAUAGGGUUUGGUAGACCACAGCCCUGCUGGGUUGUAUAUGGUUGCUGGAUUACCACAAUGGCUGAGCCAUCUUGGCAGAGUAAUGGCCGUUGGUUGCUGCUAGCCAUGGGGUCUUUAUGAUGAUGAUGAUGCACCUUAAUUUCUCUUAAUCUCCCUCUCUCUCCUUCCCACUCUCGUUCUUCUCUUUCUUCUUCUCCUUCUCUUUCUACUCAGGAUGAUGGCAGGCAAGGCGGAGCCAGCCAUGCCAGGGAGGCUCUAUGUCCAUCCAGACUCCCCGGCUACAGGAGCCCACUGGAUGAGGCAGCUGGUGUCCUUCCAGAAGCUAAAGCUCACCAACAACCACCUGGACCCAUUUGGCCAUGUGAGUGACCCUCAGUCUACCUACCUACAGCAUCAGCACACAGGCUAACAUUCACUCAAAUCAGUGGCGGUCGGUGCCGUUUAAGAUGAGGGAGGAUUAUAUAUUUUUUAUGAGCACGGCUUUAUUUCUAUUAUAUCAUAUUGGAUGACUGUCAUUCAUAUUCCAUUCACCCAGUUCAAUGUAACAUCGAUAGGUUUAGGCUACUACAUGAUACUCUAAUUUUCCCUGUACCCAUCAUGAGGUUGCUACAACCUAGCCUAUGAAUGAAAGUUUACAACGUAGGUGCACAGGUUGAGAGAAUUUUGAGUAAUCAAGGUGACAGACAGUGACACGUUCAAUACCGCCUUGCACACUCUUGCCUACAUCUAGCUGAUGUAGGGUGUAAUCAUUAGUCCAACAGUUGAAAAUUAGAGUUUCUGUUGGACAAAUUCAGGUAUGUUUAUCCCCAUUUCGUUCCGUUUGCUUCCAUUUAAGAAACGUUUUUUAAACAGAAUCGGCGGAAUGAAUACACACAAACAAUUCACUUUCAUAGCAGCCACAUAAAAACAGCAUGAUCACUUUGCUCGUUGUAUAUAUAAUUCCAUCUCACAACUAUCUAUGCGCUCUCCUCCUCUCACUUUUUCCCUUCGCUUGUGGACUUCAGUGCACAACACAUCAGCUGUCUGUGACAUGGCGAAAUAACCUUUCCAAGCCAAACCUUCAUAUCAUGACCGCUAACCGCUACACACAGCCUACAUCGUAGUCAUGUCAUAGUCAACUAGAACUACAAGAACUUAAGCGUUAGUAAACCCAGUGUACAGUCAGAAAGCAGUUACACCGGCAGGCCCCGGUGGCAAUACAUUUAUAAAACCAAAAGCUUACCUUGACUUGGAAGAGUUCCAGUGUUGGAUAGCCAUAGCCAGCUAGCUAACAUAGCAUCCCUCUCUGUUUGAGCUGGGUGUUUGAGUAGGCUAAACUAGCUAGCUACAUUUGCUAGCUAAGUGAAAGUGAAAUAAAAUAAAAAUACAACCCAAUAUCGCUAGCUCUCUCUCUCUCUCUCUCUCUCGCUUCUCCUUAAUUUUUGAAGAAAUUAAUUUGUUCAAAACUGUUAAACUAUCGUCUUUCUCUCUAUGAGGCAACUACUCACCACAUUUGAUGCACUACACUGCAGUGCUAGCUAGCUGUAGCUUAUGCUUUCAGUAAUAGAUUCAUUCUCAGAUCCUUUGACUGGGUGGACAACAUGUCAGUUCAUGCUGCAAGAGCUCUGAUAGGCUGGAGGACGUCCUCCGGUUGUCAUAAUUACUGUGGAAGUCUGUGGAAGGAGGUGAGAACCAUGAGCCUCCUAGGUUUUGUAUUGAAGUCAAUGUACCCAGAGGAGGACAGAAGCUAGCUGUCCUCCGUCUACACCAUGGUGCUACCCUACAGAGUGCUGCUGAGGCUACUGUAGACCUUCAAUGCAAAACAGUAUGUUUUAAUCAAUUAUUUGGUGGCAUGAAUAUAUUUAGUAUAGUUUUAUCUAAAAUGGCUAACUUUUUUAAUGUUUCACUAUUUUUAUUUUUAUGAAAUUCGCUAAGGAGGAUAGUCCUCCCCUUCCUCCUCUGAGGAGCCUCGACUGAUCAAAUAUACUAAAAGUACACUACCGUUCAAAAGUUUGGGGUCACUUAGAAAUGUCCUUGUUUUCCAUGAAAACAUACAUGAAAUUAGUUUGAAUAGGAAAUAUAGCAAAAUGCAUAGGAAAUGUAGUCAUUGACAAGGUUAGAAAUAAUGAUUUUUUAAUAGAAAUAAUAAUUGUGUCCUUCAAACUUUGCUUUCGUCAAAGAAUCCUCCAUUUGCAGCAAUUACAGCCUUGCAGACCUUUGGCAUUCUAGUUGUCAAUUUGUUGAGGUAAUCUGAAGAGAUUUCACCCCAUGCUUCCUGAAGCACCUCCCACAAGUUGGAUUGGCUUGAUGGGCACAUCUUCCGUACCAUACGGUCAAGCUGCUCCCACAACAGCUCAAUAGGGUUGAGAUCCGGUGACUGUGCUGGCCACUCCAUUAUAGACAGAAUACCAGCUGACUGCUUCUUCCCUAAAUAGUUCUUGCAUAGUUUGGAGCUGUGCUUUGGGUCAUUGUCCUGUUGUAGGAGGAAAUUGGCUCCAAUCAAGCAUCGUCCACAGGGUAUGGCAUGGCAUUGCAAAAUGGAAUGAUAGCCUUCCUUCUUCAAGAUCCCUUUUACCCUGUACAAAUCUCCCACUUUACCACCACCAAAACACCCCCAGACCAUGACAUUGCCUCCACCAUGCUUGACAGAUGGCAUCAAGCACUCCUCCAGCAUCUUUUCAUUUGGUCUGCGUCUCACAAAUGUUUUUCUUUGUGAUCCGAACACCUCAAACUUUGAUAUGUCUGUCCAUAACACUUUUUUUCCAAACUUCCUCUGUCCAGUGUCUGUGUUAUUUUGCCCAUCUUAAUAUUUUCUUUUUAUUGGCCAGUCUGUGUCGUAGAAAUAUUUGACUAAAAAAUAGUCAACUCAAAAAUAUCUCUCAAGAGACUGGAGCUUGUGAAUCCAGAAAUUAGGCUUUAUUAUUGCGUAACAAAGCCGAGCCACUCCAUGGAACGGCUGUCUCUCUUUGGCUUAGAGAUCUCUUAUAUACACACACAAAUGCACAGUCAUGUAUACAUAGCUUACAAAGCUACUCCCCUUAAGAUCACUGAUUAACAUCUUUAACUGCCAUGCCACUAUUAUCUUUGAAAGUCCAAUAACACAUGUUGUUUACUCCAAAAGGCCAUGGGCGCUUUUGCCUCUUUCCCUUAUCUCAUUAUGUUGGUGGCAUGGCUCAGACACUUUUAAAAAUAAAAUACAUACAUUCAUCAAAGCAUGUUUACACAUUGUAUUGACUAUAUUCCUUAUUUAGACAUGUAUCUGGACUUAUAAAAUGUCAAUCAUGUUUACUAUAUUUUAUCUUUGACAUUUCCCAACAUUUUCCUUAAUGAUACAUAAAAUAUUACCAUAUCUGAGAUAUGGCUUUUUCUUUGCAACUCUUUGCAUCCCGGAGUCGCCUCUUCACUGUUGACGUUGAGACUGGUGUUUUGCGGGUACUAUUUAAUGAAGCUGCCAGUUGAGGACCUGUGAGGUUUCUUUUUCUCAAACUAGACACUCUAAUGUAUUUGUCCUCUUGCUCAGUUGUGCACCGGGGCCUCCCACUCCUCUUUCUAUUCUGGUUAGAGCCAGUUUGCGCUGUUCUGUGAAAGGAGUAGUACACAGCGUUGUACGAGAUCUUCCGUUUCUUAGCAAUUUCUCACAUGGAAUAUCCUUCAUUUCUCAGAACAAGAAUAGACUGACGAGUUUCAGAAGAAAGUUAUUUGUUUCUGGCCAUUUUGAUCCUGUAAUCGAACCCACAAUUGCUGAUGCUCCAGAUACUCAACUAGUCUCAAGAAGGCCAGUUUUAUUGCUUCUUUAAUCAGCACAACAGUUUUCAGCUGUGCUAACAUAAUUGCAAAAGGGUUUUCUAAUGAUCAAUGAGCCUUUUGAAAUGAUAAACUUGGAUUAGCAAACACAACGUGCCAUUGGAACACUGGACUGAUGGUUGCUGAUAAUGGGCCUCUGUACGCCUAUGUAUUUAUUCCAUUAAAAAUCAGCAGUUUCCAGCUAUAAUUGCCAUUUACAGCAUUAACACUGUAUUUCUGAUCAAUUUGAUGUUAUUUUAAUGGACAAAACAUUUGCAUUUCUUUCGAAAACAAGGACAUUUCUAAGUGACCCCAAACUUUUGAACAGUAGUGUAACAGUAAUACCAAGAACAGACCACAACAAAACUAUGGGUAUAUGCUGGACAAUUGCCCAAGAACAACAGGUACUUUGGCCAGGUGACCCCACACUUGGCCCUUAAAGCCACUUAGAUCACCAACACUUGGGGGAGUUCUUUGUCACAGAGCCAAGUGCUCUGCCUGUCACAUCAGUUGCAUCAGCAGGGCCAAGUGAUCAACAGCUUGACUGCUCAAAAUAAUGUCAACAACGUCUAUAAUCUUUAAGCUCAAUUAACUGUAAAUGGGUAGAGAGAGAGUGAGAGAGAGGGGAAUGGUUAGCUACUGAGGCCUCACAAUGUAGGUCAAUCCACAUCCCAGGAAGGCACAGGGUCAUUUCACACAAUAUAGCUUCUCACUUCUCCUGGCCAUGUAAAACAAGAGAGGUGACAGGAUACAGCUAAUUUAGUAAAACCUACACAGGGGAUGAGACUUCAAUAGACUGGUGUUAAAACCACAGCAGAAUAGAGGUGUUUUUUAACAAGAGACAGAGUCAUAAAGCUGUCUUGAUUGAAAGAGAGGGAGAGAGGAGAGAGGGGGAAGGAGUCGAGGAAAAAUGGCCAGAGAGGAAAAGGAAGAGAGGGUGAAAGAGGGAGUGAAGUGGAGGGAGUGACAGAGAGAGAAUAGAGGGAAAGAGAGAGAAAGCAUAUGAGAGAAAGUGAGCGUCUUGCCACGAGAGAAAGUGAGGGUCUUGCCACAGAGGGAAGUGAGAAGUGUGACGGCGGCGGCAGUGCUGCCCAGAGGAACUCUGGGAAGGCUUGUCCAAAGUCAUCCUGUCAGAAGGAGAGCUCAUUAGGUUCAUAACCUCUGGGAUCAGCGGCGGGGCCCGCUGUCAGGUUGAGUCCACCGUCUGGAUAGUGAUAAGGGCGAGUAAUGAGGACAGAGAGAGAGAGAGAGGGGCCCGGUCUUACUAAGCCCUGCUGAUGGCCAUAGAACAGCCCACGCCAGCAGGGGAGCCAAAGAGCCUCUCCUCCCUGGCCUGUAUAGCACUGGAUCCACCACCUACCUGACCCACUAAACCAGGGGUGUCAAACAUACGGCCCAUGGGGGGGUCAAAUCCAGCUCGCUAAUAAUCACUGAAAUGAAAGCUAGACAGCCAGGGAGCAUUGAAAAUAUUUUCAAUGCAGCCCUCCGGACCUCAUUGAAGACCGAAUGCGGCCCCCGGUGCAAAAUGAGUUUGACACCCCUGCUCUAAACUGACCCACAGUCUAAAUAAAACAGCCUGUGAAGUGAGCUAAUGACAGUCAAUGACAGACUCUGUUGUUUAUGCAUUUGAGAGUGUGUCUUUUCAAGUGUGUUUGUUUAUGUAUGUGAGAGUCUGCAUGACUGUGUGUGCAAGUAUGUGGGUCAGCAUGGCUGCUAGUCCAGUCCAGAGCAGGAUGUCCAUCAGCUUGAUUCAACCCAGAGGUAUCUCAGAUCUAUGACAGCCCUUCCCUUUCCUGACCAUCCCCCACAAACGCUGCCCUUCCCUUCGCAAAAAACUAUCGCAGAUCUGGGAUCUGGGCUCCCACUGACCCAUGCUACUGUCGACCAAGAGAUGGUCCAAGGAAUCACUCCUGAAAUGCUGUCACUUCCCAGCUGUCACCGAGUGAGGCAGUGUGUCUUGGUUUAUAAACCAGUUUGGGGCUGGCAUUUUCACCCAAAAGAUGAAAGAGAGAAUGCAUGAUUUGGUUCUGGAUUGAUCCAAGGAAGGCUUGUCUUUCUCAAUGCAACCAGACAGCACAGAGAGAGUCAGACUCCUUCCUGCACUGCCUCCAGACAGACACUGGCCAGACUAGCAGACUAGACAAAGGUCAUCACCAGAGAGUCUCCAGUCAACCAACCAGUAGCUUAUCUCUAUCCGUUCUCUGCCUUAGGUCACCACAGAGUCUCUAGCCAGCCAAUGAACCAAUUGCUUAUCUCUGUCUGAACCUUGCCUCAGCAAAAGGGGGCAGGGGCAUGUGAGCAUUGGGCUGUUCAGGGUGCAACUAUGACCCUGUGCCCUGAUAGCACAGAAGGCUGCUGAGGGGAGGAUGGCUCAUAAUAAUGGCUGGAAUGGAGUGAAUGGAAUGGUAUCAAACACAUGGAAACCAUGCGUUUGAUGUGUUUGAUACCAUUCAAUCUAUUCCGUUCCAGCCAUACUAUGAGCCCGUCCUCCCCAAUUAAGGUGCCACCGGCCUGCCUGUGCUUGAUAGUCUUAACCCCUCUCUGUGGUAACCUCCUGGAGGGGUUGGCCUCUUAAGACAAGGCCCUGGUACUACUGGGCUGUGAGUCUAGAAGGUAGGAGAGGAGGGGAGGUGGGAGUGGGGGAGAGCUUGAUGCUCAUUGGCCAUGACAGAGCUGCGCUGGAGAUUACCCUUGCUCCAACCCUGCUGACGCUCCAGUGAGCAUGUGGCUAGGCUACUGGGCUACUCUGAGCAGACUGGUGCCGAUGUGCUGACCUAGCCCCCCCCCCCAAACCAAACAUUGAGCACGCUCCACACAUGCUGAAUGAUGCACUAUACAGUUGCAACUCAAGUGUGACAAAGGGGUGCCCACUUUUCAGUGUCAACACAUUGAACUACAGUAUAUUGACACAUUUCCACAUUGUAUGGACAAAGUUGAGCUAAUGCCCACUAAUGCAGACUCCAGUAGCAUUAAAAUAGGCCUACCUGCAAAAAAGGCUAGUCAUGGAAAACCUGAGCAUCUUAAGCACCUAAUUCACACUAUGAGUCUAUUCAAGUCAAUAAAAUUACAUCACUUGGAAUUUAGCAUCUAGGCAAGGGACAACAAUUAAUUUAAAGGGGAAGAACUAGCUUCUUAAAAAAAUAACAUCUUAAAAAGUCUUAAGACUGUGGUGGUGGCUGGUCAUUCACUGGUGCCCCUAAGACACUGUGAAUAAACAAAAUCCUCUGCUGUCGUUUGUCUGACCUUGUACUUAUUUUUUAUUUUCUUCUACCUUUCCUUCUUUCCCCCUGAUAGAUCAUCCUGAACUCGAUGCACAAGUACCAGCCUCGGCUCCACAUCGUCAAGGCCGACGAGAACAACGCCUUUGGGUCUAAGAACACAGCCUACUGCAGUCAUGUGUUUCAUGAGACAGCCUUCAUCUCCGUCACCUCGUACCAGAACCAUAAGGUACAGUAUGUGUGCCACCCAUGUAGUUGUCCACCUGCUAUCUGAUGUUCAAUGUCUUCUGCACACACAGUCUGACACGUUUCUAAUGUCUUCAAAACACUAUCUGCAGGAGAAAUGUUCCAAAUCAUAGAAAUACAAGUUUUGACUGAACAUUUCAUGAUGAGUCUCAAGUGCAGUGACAAGAAGUGUUGCUGUCUUCCCAGAUAACUCAGCUGAAGAUCGAGAACAACCCGUUUGCCAAGGGUUUCCGUGGCAGUGAUGAAGGGGACCUGCGUGUUUCCAGACUCCAGGGGUAUGUUCUGUAUGUUACAUUUUUGUCAUUUAGCAGACACUCUUAUCCAGAGCAACUUACAAUUAGUGAGUGCAUACAUUAUUUUCAUUUUUCAUACCCCCUGUGGGAAUCGAACUCACAACCCUGGCGUUGCAAACACCAUGCUCUACCAACUGAGCUACAUCCCCACCGGCCAUUCCCUCCCCUACCCUGGACGAAUUGUGCGCCGCCCCAUGGGUCUCCCGGUCACAGCCGGCUACAACAGAGCCUGGAUUCGAACCAGGAUCUCUAGUGGCACAGCUAGCACUGCGAUGCAGUGCCUUAGACCACUGCGCCAUUCGGGAGUUUAUGUUAAUGGAAUGUGCCACUCAAUAAAAAUGUCUAUGGAAUACUUACUUUAUCAUGGAAACAAUUCUUCUUUUGGCACAGUACAUCAUUAAUUGGAACCAUUUUAUCACGUUGUAUUAUGAUUAGAAGACAGGCAAAGGAAUACGUAUUAGGGGUUUUAUUACUCCACCCAACACAAACACAUACAGUACCAGUCAAAAGUUUGGACACACCUACUUAUUCAAGGGUUUUUCUUUAUUUUUACUAUUUUCUACACUGUAGAAUAAUAGUGAAGACAUCAAACUAUUAAAUAACACAUAUGGUAUCAUGUAGUAACCAAAAAAGUGUUAAACAAAUCAAAAUAUAUUUUAUAUUUGAGAUUCUUCAAAUAGCCACCCUUUGCCUUGAUGACAGCUUUGCACACUCUUGGCAUUCUCUCAACUAGCUUCACCUGGAAUGUUUUUCCAACAGUCUUGAAGGAGUUCCCACAUAUACUUAGCACUUGUUGACUGCUUUUCCUUCACUCUGCCGUCCGACUCAUCCCAAACCAUCUCAAAUGGGUUGUGGUCGGGGGAUUGUGGAGGCCAGGUCAUCUGAUGCAGCACUCUAUCACUCUCCUUCUUGGUAAAAUAGCCCUUACACAGCCUGGAGGUGUGUUGGGUCAUUGUCCUGUUGAAAAACAAAUGAUUGUCCCACUAAGCCCAAACCAGAUGGGAUGGCGUAUCACUGCAGAAUACUGUGGUAGCCAUGCUGGUUAUGUGUGCCUUGAAUUCUAAAUAAAUCACAGACAGUGUCACCAGCAAAGCAACCCCACACCAUAACACUUCCUCCUCCAUGCUUUACGGUGGGAACUACACAUGCAGAGAUCAUCCGUUCACCAACACUGCAUCUCACAAAGACACGGCAGUUGGAACCAAAAAUCUCACAUUUGGACUCCAGACCAAAGGACACAUUUCCACCGGUCUAAUGUCCAUUGCUCAUGUUUCUUGCACCAAGCAGGUCUCUUCUUAUUAUUGGUGUCCUUUCUUUGCAGCAAUUCGACCAUGAAGAACUGAUUCACACAGUCCCCUCUGAACAGUUGAUGUUGAAAUGUGUCUGUGACUUGAACUCUGUGAAGCAUUUAUUUGGGCUUCUAUUUUUGAGGCUGGUAACUCUAAUGAACUUAUCCUCUGCAGCAGAGGUAACUCUGGUCAUCUAUUCCUGUGGUGGUCCUCAUGAGAGCCAGUUUCAUCAUAGCGCUUGAUGGUUUUUUCGACUGCACAUGAAGAAACCUUAAAAGUUCUUGAAUUGUUCCGUAUUGACUGACCUUCAUGUCUUAAAGUAAUGAUGAACUUUUAAGAAGGCACACCUGUUAAUUGAAAUGCAUUCCAGGUGACUACCUCAUGAAGCUGGUUGAGAGAAUGCCAAGAGUGUGCAAAGCUGUCAUCAAGGCAAAGGGUAGCUAUUUGAAGAAUCUCAAAUAUAAAAUAUAUUUUGAUUUGUUUAACACUUUUUUGGUUACUACAUGAUUCCAUAUGUGUUAAUUCAUAGUUUUGAUUUCUUCACUAUUAUUCUACAAUGUAAAAAAAAAUUAAGAAAAACCCUUGACUGAGUAGGUGUGUCCAAACUUUUGACUGGUAGUGUAUAUAUAUACACAAAGGGAUGUAACCCAAACAAAAAGCGAGGUGUAACCUCUACACAAUACACGGAACGAGACCUGUAAACAACAAGAGCACAAUACACGUUACUCACGAGACCAACGGACAUGGGACAAUAAUCGACAAGGACAACGGGGAACAGAGGGCACAUAUAUACACAUACUAAUCAGGGGGAAUGGGAACCAGGUGUGCGUAAUGAGACAAGACAGUCAGGGUUGGUGGUAAUGAUCCAUGUCAGUAACGCCUAGAAAGCAGGUGACUGAACGGAAUGAGCAGCAGUACCGGGGGGAUCCGUGACACAUUUGUUCCUUUUGGAACUCGUUCCAUUUCUUCCUUUAGCAGAUUAACUGUGCUUGCUUCCUUUAAUACUUCGCUAGCUCUCUGCAAAGUAGAAUCUGUAACGCAAGUGUUGGGGAGUAGUGAACUACAUUUAGUUCAACUAGUAAUUUAAUUACAUUUUGCUGUAGCUUGGUCGUAGUUGAACUAAAUUCAAAUCUUGGUAGUGUUUUCAGUAGUUGCCAUAUAGUGGUGUAGCUAAUUAAUGGAACUACAGACUACUUUUUUAGCAAAAAUAAAAUAUGGGUGAAGUGGGCAAGAAAUGACUUUUUACAUCAGACCUGCCUAAUUCUCACUUGAAACACUUUUUGUGUACAUAAUUCUAACUUUUUGUGUUUAAUAGGCUAAAUUACACAUUCUGUUAACAUCUGACUGCAAUUUGUAGUCUAUGACAUUUCAGAUUUAGAUAUAAUUUUUCACUAAGUAGUUUGGAUGUAAUGAACUACUUUUUCGAAGUAACUUUAGUUAAGUAAGGUAUGUUUUUCUUAAGGGUAGUUUUAGUGUAGGUUAGCUUCUUCCAGUAUGAAGUAAUUGGUAGCUUGAUAAACUAUAUUUUCAGAGUAGCUUCCCCAACACUGUAACGCUAAUCCUUCUGUUCUUGAUUCUCCUUCUUCCUCUCCGUAGAAAAGACUACCCAGUGAUUUCUAAGAACAUGGUUCGCCAGAGGCUCCUCUCCUCACACGGUCACCUGACGGGGAAGCUGGGAGCUGGGGUACACCUGUCAGGGCACCCCCAGGUCCUGUCCCACUACCAGUACGAGGGUGGGGUGCCCUUGGGGAACUCAGACCACCAGGAAUCCAAUCCCUUCCCUCCCAGCCGAGAGCCAAGCCUGCUCUACCACUGCUUCAAACACAGAGGUGGGUUAGCUGCAGACCUACCUGAACAUCUCCACACCUGUCAAUCACAGAAAAUGGGCAGUCCUCAUCAUAACUUUGUUAUCUUGCAACACAUCUUUUGGUGCUACACAUCAAUAUCACACAAUAUAAAUGGGUUGGUACACAGUUCCAAACAGUAUAAAGAAGCAUCAUAGGUCAGCAGGGUGAUACAUUGAGUUUUUUCGCUCAGUGAUGAUGAUUUAAUCUUCAUUUCUUUACAGAUAACACCAGGCACUUGGAACUAGGUUGUAAACGGACGUAUCUGGACACAGCGCUUCCAGCAGUCUCAGAGGAACACUACUUCCGCUCUCCUCCCUCCUACGAGCCUCCACUGCUGUCCCACCCAUAUUGCGGUGAGGCCAUAAACUCCAGGGAGGCCUGUAUGUACGGAGGGAUGGAGGGAGAGAACGGCCACGGGGCUGGGGGUGCUGACGACCUGGUUCCCCCCUCUCUGAACUGCAACAUGUGGGCGUCGGUGCAGCCUUACCCCCGGUACAGCGUGCAGACAGUGGAGGCCGUCCCCUACCAGCCCUUCACUGCUCACUUCACCAGUACUGCCACCGCCACCUCCGUGGUGCCCCACCACACCCCCUCCGGACCCCCUCGCCCCCAGCCCGACAUAGGAGUCUACAGUCCAGCCACAGCACAGCGAGGCCUGGCCGCCAUCCCCUCGUCAUCCUCCACCUCGUCUUCCUCUCCACCGGUUCCUGGUUCCAGGGAUAGCAGGCCGGUGGUCCAUCCUCCUCUGUACCACAGGAAGCCUGGGCCUGGGUCUCCUCUCCGGCCUCACAGGGAGUUCUCGGCCUUCCCAACACAGAGCGCCCCCCCAUCCAUCCGGGACCCAUCCUACCAGUACCAGAUGGGGCAGAGCAGUGUAGGGGCCCACUGGAAUGAUAGCUAGGGCUAAGGGGUGCAGUGUGGCUCCUGAGGCAGCGGCGAUGUCCACCCAUCCGGUCAGUCCAGAGUCAACCAGACUCCCCCUAGCCAGCCAGCCAACUUUGAACUGCCUGUGAGGCAUCUGAAAUGAGAUUAUGUUGAAAUACAGCCAUGAUGACCUUGCCAAGUUGCACAGUGGAAGCCAUAGUAGUUUCUCAUGAGGAGAAGCAGAUCAGAGUGGCCAAACUCCAAUAGAAGCCUACAUCUGCCCAAAAGCUCUGCUCCUUUAGACCCAUGUUAUCCUGACUGGAGGAGCAUUGUGACUGUGAUGAUGAUGAGUAUUCCAGAGGAAGAACCCCUCUAUAGAAUUAUGCAAAAACGUGCCAUAUAAUGGCUUUAAAAAAUCAUCCAAAACGUUCAAUGUCAAACAAUGCCAAAAGGAGAUGUUUUCAGCAAAGUGAAGAAUAUCCAUUAUGCCUUUGAUGUGUUUGAAGUGGUGUGUUUAGGGUUAAGAUGGACACCUAUGUACCAGUAACGAAUUGAUUAACGUUUCUAAGAAAAACAUUUAAAUGCAAAACUUGAUCAUAUUAUUAUCAGCAAACAAGGGAGUGGGACAUGGAUGUGUAUGUGCAAAGAGAUUGAAGUAACAGGCCAACUGUUAUUGAGACCUUGAGUAAAGCCUUCAUUUAAUUUUGCCAUCUCUGCUUGUGUUGAGAAGCUUUGCCAGGUAGAAAUCGGUUGAACUUGUAAACAUGGG